AUGACUUCUCUCAAUCUUCAAAGACCAGUCAACAAGCACUCAACUCCAAACAACUUCGACUACAACAUGCUCAGCCAAUCAUACCCCGUGAUGCCAUCACCGCUCAAGAUGCAUACCGUCCACGUUGAGAACCGACCAAAUCCUGAACCCGUCGAUAUCUCUCUUCCUCCAUCCCCAACACCAGACGAGACUUCGCUCACUCAGUCAAGCCGGAAUGAGCUAGAGCCCCUACAAAAAGUCACCAUGGAAGAGCAGCCUCCAGAAACCCAAACGCAACAAUCACCUCCAGCCAUUCCUCCUAGAAGCCCUCAUCGUGGGGCCAAGAAGAUCAACUGGCUGUCCAGACUUUUCAGCAAGCUGAGUUGCUUGCAUGGUGGUAGUCGCAAGGAUUCCGGGUCGAGGAAGGAUACCAAGCAGUCCAAGGAUCGCAGAGUCAGAGACAGAUCCACAUAUACCAAGGGCGGUGGUCUUGGAGGCAGUUACGUCGAUCCUGGACCUAUGAUGAGCGCUCGCUUUGCGGCUUCGUCUUUUGGAGGAGGUGCAGAUUUCGGUGGCACUUCUGGAGACUGCGGUGGUGUUCCCAUCGCCGGACCCUCAUCCAAUCUGCCGCAAACAAGCGAUGUGUCACCGCAAGCUGCAACUCUCCCAACGAAGGGCUCUCUCCCAGCACCAACCACAAAAACGACUCAAGCUCCGACUACCGACUAUGGAGAGCCUACCAAGGCUUCCUGCCUUCACCUACGACGACGCAACUUACCGCAGCGCUUCGCACAUCUCCUUCGACUGGAUCGCCUGAAGAAGGACAACCAGACAACUGUACCAACACCAGAACUCUCAGACCAGGAAUCAGACCAGCCCUCAAGGAUAGCAGAGUCAGAGCGCAGAGGUGAAAGCCAUACAGCAAGACUACCAAGUAGUAUGAACAGACCUCACACGCUCUAUGACGAUGGACAAGGCUCCUGGACCAGCGAAUUCGGUUACCUCUACCGUGGCCAAUGGCGUCUGAAUCUCGCAUCUGUUUCGGCUCUGAGUCUCGGGUUCUCUGGCGAUGGACUCACUGCUCGUUCUGAUAAAGCAGAUAAUCCUCAGCACUGGACGGACUCGAGAACCCUACAAGGCUCGAUUGGUGCUGUCGAGGAACAAAGUUCAAAGGUAAUAGACGUUGAUUCGAGAACCGAGAGCCACAAUACUCGAGUCCAGCGCGUGUCAGAGGACGAAGUUACACACGAUGGCUGCGAAGAACAGCAUGUGUCGGACGGCGAGACCAGAUGUGAGCGCUCCGAGGACAGAAAUCUUCAUGUCCAGCAUACAAAGACGAUGUUGGCUAAGAUCAAAGAAGAGUUUGGUGUCGAGACGCUGCUGUCUGCUCCCAAAGAUGUUCAUCUCAUCCUUCUCAUGAGAACCCUUCGCAUGUUUGCCUAUGGCUCAACCACAUUGAUCCUCGCCCUUCACCUUUCGACACUCAAGAACUCGGAUACCCUGAUUGGAAUCUUCAUGUCACUGACACUCGUGGGUGAUGUCUUUAUCUCCUUGCUUCUUACCUUUGUGGCCGAUUCGCUUGGUCGACGUAAAAUAAUUCUCCUGGGGUCCAUAACUAUGGCGCUCAGCGGCGUUAUCUUUGCAACUCAGACCCGCUUCUCAAUCCUUCUGGUCGCCGCAAUCGUCGGUGUGAUCUCGCCAAGUGGUAACGAAAUUGGUCCCUUCCGUGCAGUCGAGGAAUCUACACUGGCACACCUGGUGCCUGCCGCACAGCGUAGCGAUGUCUUCGCUUGGUAUGUCGUUGUCGGCACUUUCGGCACCAGUGUCGGCGCGCUCAUAUCUGGAUGGCUGGUCACAGGUCUGGGUGCCGAACAAGGGAAAGCCUUGGGCAGUUACCAAGUGGUCUUCUGGUUGUACGCUUUGCUAGGCUGUGCCAAGGCUGGGAUUACCUUCCUUCUCAGCGAUGCUUGCGAACUUGAGAGAGUUGCACAGAAGCCUAGCGCAGAAGUUGGUGACGCAGAAGAAGCAGAGGUGUUCAUUCAGCAACCUCAAGCGGCUUCAACGCCCAAACAUUCAAGCAAAUGGGCAUUCACUCAAAUCAGUCCUAGCUCUCGCAAAACACUUCUCAAGCUCGCAGGUCUAUUCAGCAUUGACAGUCUGGCCUCUGGAAUGGCUUCCAUAUCUCUCACGACUUACUUCCUCGCGACAAAGUUCGGCUCGGCACCCUCAUCUCUGGGCACGAUCAUGGCAUUCGCAUCUCUGAUGUCGAGCAUUGGCAACAUCGCUGCCUCGAGUGUCUCCAAGCGCAUCGGGUUCAUCUACACAAUGGUAUUCACACACUUGCCUUCCGCUAUGUUUCUGGCAAUGAUGCCAGCACCGCACUCUUUGGCCCUGACCGUCGUCUUCAUCGUUGCAAGAGCGACUCUGGCAUCUAUGGACCAAGCGCCUAGAGCUGCGUUCUUAUCUGCAGUUGUGUUGCCAGCUGAGCGUACUGCUGUGAUGGGUACUUUGAAUACGGUCAAGACGGCGGCGCAGAGUGCGGGGCCUCUGGUCACCGGCGUGCUUGCACAAAACAACCAUUUCGGUGUCGCGUUCGUCAUGGCUGGAUUCAUGAAGGCUGGUUACGAUCUCGGACUCCUGCAUUGGUUCGCUGAGAGCAAGAUGAGAGGAGGCUCCGCCGAUGAAGCUAGAGAUAGGGCAAGGCAGCAAGAGGAUGAGGAGGGUCAAGAGUUGAGGUAA